AUGGAGGCAACCCUGCUAGACCACUGGAAAAGCAUGCCGAUUGAGAAGUACGAUGGGUCCUCCGACCCUGAGGAACAUUUGAACGUUUUCUUAACUCAAGCGACCCUAUCCACUCAAGAUGACUCGGCUUUGUGCCGAAUAUUCCCCACGUCGCUGAAAGGAAGAGCUUUGAGUUGGUUUACGAGAUUUCCUAGUGCCUCCAUUGACUCGUUUGCCGAGUUGUCAUCCCAGUUCACCCUACAGUUCGCGACGAGUAAGCCGUACAAGACGACUUCGUUAGCCUUGGCGGGGGUCCAUCAAGAAAAGAAAGAGAGCCUGAGAAACUUCAUGGACCGAUUCAACAAGACUGCCAUGGAGAUUGGCGAUCUUAAUCCUGUCGUGGCAUUGGACCGGCUGAGCACGACCCUCAGACCAGGACCGUUCGUGAACAGUUUGUGUAAAAAGCCCCCUGCCGAUAUGAACGACCUCCGACGGCGAGCUGAGAAAUACAUGCAAAUGGAGGAGUUGGCAGAAACCCAAAACCAAGCCAGAGCCGAAGAGGGCUACGGCAGAAAAGAGCCAGGUCGAGAGCCAAUGAAAAAAGCGAAUGUCGAGCCCUUUAAUGUUAGACCGCCGAGGGGUCCGCGCUACACAGCAUAUACUCCCCUUAAUGCGAGCAGAGCUAAGGUACUGGAGCAGGCUCUCGCAUCCGAGAUAUUGAUGAUGCCCAAGAGGGCGAACACGCCUCCGAGGGCCGACAAGGCUAAGGCAUGCCGAUUUCACCGAAACCGGGGGCACUCGACAGAAGAAUGCUCGACAUUAAAAGACAAACUUGAGGACCUUAUCAAGCAAGGCCACCUUGGAAACUUCGUAACGACGCAGGCCCACCGAACACGAGGGAGGGAUCAUGCCCGUUCAACUGAAAGGAGAGAUCAUUCAUGA